AUGUUGGACCAGAGCAGUACGCUGGAACACCGAACGGUUAUGAAAUGGUAGCCGAUACGCAAAACAUCCAGCCAGUUGUGUACUAUAGGCAGGAGAACGGACAAGUGGAGACAGCCGGAGGCAACCAUCUCCAAUGUAUUCAAAUCAACGGCACACAGUACAUGUUGGUGCCCAUUGGAGAUGAUGAACAUGCCGGAAACAACGACGAGAACGUCAAUGUGCUCCAAGAGCAAACAGCACAGUCAGUUAAUUCACUAUCUUUUUUCAAAUUAACCUAUCCUUUUUCAGAAUCUACUCGCCUUCCGAAUCAAUGGAUUUCGAGCAAGAGGGGUACGAAAAUGUGCUCGUGAACGUGAACGAAAAUUGGAAUGUGUGCCAAAAGAACGGGCAAUAUCAUUCUAACACUAAUUUUUAGUGGUUGAGCAUUAAUUCUUAAAAGGCAAUGUUCCGGAGUCCACCAGCCCAUAUAUCUACAAUCUCCUUCAAAAUGUCAUUAAAGCUUAUCAAACCAUUUUCCGAGGCAUUGUCUUUAUUGAUUCUACUCUAAUUUUCUAGUUCCAAAAUAAAUACAUGUGUUUUCAAAUAUCAAUCCAUUGACCGAGUGGCUUGUUCGGAAUUUAAAACGGAAUUUAUUUAUUGAUAUUACGGUAUAAUACUGUUAGUUCCUUUGAUUUCCAUCAUUCAUUCUGCCAUAACUUGUGUGUGUGGAGAGAGUGUCAAGAGAACAAUUCCAAGCGUUUCCUCGUUGCCUGCAUCUUCUUGCAAAAAACUGAAUCGACGCGUCGUCGUCAUGAAAAAAAACCCAUAAAAAGCAAGAGAACAUGGGAAACGAAGAGGGCAAAAGCCAGCUCAUCGAAUACACUUACAUAUUUUAUUGUCCCGCGGGAAGAGAAUCGGCCGAACAUUCAUUCUUCUUUUUGCAAGCACGCAUUCGUGUGCUAUCCAGUAGAAAUGUAGCUUUAUUUUUUCUAAUUUUCCUUCUCUUCCACUCAAUAUGGAGUUUUCCACUCAAAAAGGAUUAAAUAAUUCUAUGAAAUAUAGAAAAAAAGUAAGUUAUUUCCAACCAAAAACAUUUUGAAAACUUACGAAAGUUUUAGAAACAAUGAUCGACUAAUGUGUACGCACUACCGGAAAGCUUCCGAUUCGAACAAUGACACAUCACGUUUGUGGAUAAAGUCAGUUCUACUAAUCUACUAUUUCUUUCUUCCUGAGACCAAAUCGGAGAGCCGUACAAUUCUGAUAACAAUGUUCGAGAAGUUCUACGAAACAAACAAGCGAUGCAUCAGCGAGGACACAAGAUGGUUGCGAAAACGGGCGUUCGUUCGGCGGCGGUUAGUACGAUUUACUAUUAGUUUGACCUCUGUCUAUUUUUCAGAUAA